CUGCGCAUGUGUAACCCACACGUGUAAGGAUCCGGAAAGAAAACCGAGUUGUGGAGGGACUGCACCAUGGGCCUCACUAAACAGUAUCUGCGCUACGCAGCCAGCGCAGUCUUUGGGGUCAUCGCCAGUCAAAAAGCUAAUGUCAACUUUGUGACCCUGCGAGGAGAGAAGGGACGCUAUGUGGCAGUAGGAGCCUGUGAACAUGUCUUCAUCUGGGACACUCGCAAAGGGGAGAAGGUCUUGAUUCUUCAGGGCCAGAAGCAGGAGAUCACUCAGACGUGCCCCUCCCCUGAUGGGCUAUCACUGGCGGUUGGGUAUGAGGACGGGUCUAUUCGGAUUUAUAGCCUCUUGAGUGGAGAGAGCAGCAUCACAUUUAAUGGGCACAAGGCAGCAGUGACUGCCCUAAACUAUGACCAUCUCGGGGGACGAUUGGUGUCAGGAUCUAAGGACACUGAUGUAAUUGUCUGGGACGUCAUAAACGAGAGCGGCUUAUACAGGCUAAAAGGUCAUAAAGAUGCCAUCACACAAGCUCUCUUCCUCAAGGAGAGGAAUCUUCUGGUCACCAGUGGUAAAGACACCCUGGUGAAGUGGUGGGAUCUGGACACACAGCACUGCUUCCAGACCAUGGUUGGGCACCGUACAGAGGUUUGGGGUUUGACGCUACUCUCAGAGGAAACGCGGAUCCUGACUGGGUCAGCUGAUAGCGAGCUAAGAGCCUGGAACAUCUCGUACAUUAAGGAGAAAGAAGAAUCUGAAGAGCCGCAGACAAAAAAAUCUAAAGGUCCCUUGAAAUCGCUGUCGGAUGAAGGACUAGAGGAGGUGGAGGAGAGUACAGAGGAGCGCAUCCUGAAAUGUCAGCGCUUUGGAUCCAUCAUGCGAGAAGGGCGGGACAGGGUAGUGUCACUGGGGACUGACCGGUCGAGGAGGUUUCUGGCCUGUCAUGGUACCGACUCGGUGCUCGAGGUCUUUUGUGCCCUGAAUGAGGAGGAGAUCAGCAAACGGAUGGAGAAAAAGCUGAAAAGAGCAAAGAAAAAAGCCAAACAGAAAACUGCAGAAGGAGAGGAAGGUGAGGAGCCGGAGGUAGAAAGGAGCCUACAGGAUGAGAUCCAGAGACUCGGCAACGUCAAAGCUUCCUCCAAAAUCAAGUCCUUUGACCUUCUUGUGUGUCCCAAGGGGGAGCUGAAAGUUGUGGUGUUGCUUCAGAACAACAGCGUAGAGUGCUACUCCUUGCAGACGUCUCUAGCUGGUCCCUCAGAGUGCACCAAGGGCUCUCGGGUCACUCUUGGCGGGCACCGUAGCGAUGUGCGGACGCUGGCUUUUAGCUCUGACAAUAUUGCCGUACUGUCUGCGUCUGCUGAGACGGUCAAAAUCUGGAACAGGUCAACUCUGCAGUGUAUUCGGACCAUGCCGUGUGAAUAUGCUCUCUGUUCUCUUUUUGUCCCUGGGGACAGACAUGUGCUUGUGGGAAGUAAGUCUGGGAAGCUGCAGCUCUUUGACUUGGCGUCGGGGAACUUGCUGGAUGCAGUAGAUGCUCACGAUGGGGCUUUGUGGUCCAUUUCACUAUCGCCUGACCAGAGGGGAUUCGCUACGGGAGGUGCUGACAAGUGUGUGAAGUUUUGGGAGUUUGAACUGGUAAACAAUGACACUGAGCCCCAGAGCAGCCGGCGCCUCUCUGUGAAGCAGACUCGUAUACUGCAGCUGGAUGAGGAUGUUUUGUGUGUGCGUCACAGUCCUGAUAACCGCCUGCUGGCUGUGUCCCUGCUGGACUGCACUGUCAAGAUCUUUUUCACUGAUACACUGAAGUUUUUCCUGUCCCUCUAUGGACACAAGUUGCCGGUGCUGUGUAUGGACAUCUCACAUGACAGCUCUAUAAUUGUCACCGGCUCCGCAGACAGAAACAUCAAGAUCUGGGGCCUGGAUUUUGGAGACUGUCACCGCUCUUUGUUUGCACAUGAUGAUAGUGUUAUGUUCCUGCAGUUUGUGCCCAAGACUCAUCUGUUCUUCAGCUGUGGAAAGGAUAGGAAGCUGAAGGAGUGGGAUGCAGAUCGCUUCCAGCAGGUGCAGACCCUGGAGGGUCAUCAUGCUGAAGUGUGGUGUUUGGCCAUCAGCCCUAAUGGAGACCACCUUGUGUCAGCCUCACAUGACAAGUCCCUUAGGCUCUGGGAACGAACAAGAGAGCCACUUAUUCUGGAGGAGGAGAAAGAAAUGCAAAGGGAAGCAGAAUAUGAAGCGAGUGUGGCCAAGGAGGACCAGCCUGUGGUAGCUGGAGAGCGGGAGGGGGAAGUUGGCCUUGCAGGAAAAAAGACCAUUGAGACUGUGAAAGCGACUGAACGCAUUAUGGAGGCUGUGGAGUUGUACAGGGAGGAGAGUGCUAAAAUUGAAGAACAUGAAACUCUGUGCAAGGCAGCUGGCAAAGAGCUCCCUCGACGGAUUCAUCCCAUCCUACAGGCUUACGGUAACAUGACGCCCUCUGAGUAUGUCUUGGAUGUCUUCAAGAAAGUGAAAUCCAGUGAGUUGGAAGAGUCGCUCUUGGUUCUCCCUUUCUCCUAUGUCCCAGAUGUUCUUACUCUCUUCAGAGAUUUCAUCCGCUUUGGCCAUGAUGUGGAGUUGAUCUGUCGCUGCCUCCUUUUCUUGCUCAGGAUCCAUUUUGGCCAAAUAACCAGUAACCAGAUGCUGUUGGGUGUAAUUGAGGAUCUGAAAAACUGCUCCAUAUCUCAGGUUUCUGAAGUGCGGGAUGUGAUGGGAGUCAACAUGGCAGGACUUCAGUUCCUCAAGAGGGAGAUUGAGGCUAAGGAGGAAGUCCUGUUCUUCUCAGACGCCACGCAGAAGUUUGCAGAGAGGAAGAGAAAGAGGAAAAAGAAUGAGAAAUUGCUCCUUGCCGUAGUGUGACCUGGAUAUUGGCGGGAGGAGCACAUGAUGUGGGAGGAGCACAUGAUGUGGUUUAUUUAUCAUCACGGCGCACUUCCGCGAUGGCCGCCUAGCGUCUGUCCCACUUCCUGGUGUGCCGUAAGAACAGAACUGAGAAAACAAGCGCUCUUUGUUGUUGUGAAAGUGCCAACACCACAGUAGCAACUGAUAUUCCAGACUUGACUUUCCCUCACUAUCCAGAUGGUACAUUUUUAUUGUGUUCGGAAUCUGCUCUUAGGUGAAAUCCUCUGGUCUGUAAUAUUCAUGGUGUGGAUUCUGCCUCUGGAAGCAAACCAGCAAAAUAACACUGUAGUUAAGUGGCAGCUGAGACUGGUCAUUUGUGCAGCAGAGCUUACAAUCAUAGGCUGUGAUUCACACAAACAAACCUGCCUACUUCAACUUGUUUAAAAAAUGUCUCUUGUUUUUUAGUCUCAUCAUAAAAUGUCUCUGUACAGAGUUUCCCUUAACUAGUGUUUUUAUUUGCCUGACAUUAAAGGACAUGGGCAUGUCAAUACCCCAUA